AGCGAGAGCCGGUCCUACAGGUAGGAAGGGAAAGAGUAAGCAUGCUGGGGAGAGACAUCUUUACAAGAGCUGACUGCACCCACAGUUCUCCCCCACCCCAGCCCUGCCUGAGGUUCCCAGGAGGCCAAGAACCGAAGCUUCUAGAAAGUGACAGCAAUGAUGCCGCCUAAAACCAAAGGAAAGGGGAGAAAAACUGGGGCACAGAAGAAGAAAAAAAACUCAAGUCCUGAUGCAGGGGCUGAGGCCAAGCACAGGCUGGUGCUGCUGGAGAAGGAGCUGCUCCAGGACAACUUAGCACUACAGAGGGAUGAGACUCGCAGAGCCAAGGCUUCUGAAGACAGGCUGAAGCAGAGGUUGCAAGAGCUGGAAGCUGAACUGGAAAGGGCCCAAAGCGAAGGGAAGGCUGUAUAUGCAGAGAUGAACCGCCAGCGUCGGGCCCUGCAAGAGGAGUUGAAAACCCGAAGCAAGCAUCUGGAAGAGGAAGUGAGAAGUUGGCAGAAACAGCUAGAAACAUGUCAAAGGGAGGCUAAGACAGCAAGGGAAGAGGCUGAGAAAGCCCUCAGAGAACAAGGUGAAACCCUGGCUCAGCUUCGUGCCCACGUGGCAAACAUGGAGGCCAAGUAUGAGGAAAUUUUGCAUGGAAGUCUGGACUGUCUCUUGGCCAAACUGAGAGCUGUCAAGCCUCAGUGGGAUGCAGCUGCGCUGAGACUCCACACCAGGCACAAGGAGCAGCUACGUCAGUUUGGUCUCAACCCCCUGGAUCUUUGAGGCCAUUGGCCUCUAAUCUCUGAGGCCUAGAAAUAAAGCGACUUGAUGUAGAAUUUCAACAGAACUGGAUUGUGGCCUAUAACAUUGAUGAAUGACUCUCGUGGGACACCUGUGUUCUGGGUUAAUCCAUUGCCCCACUGCCCUAAACACUGAGUGAUAAAAAAAUGAACCAUCCUCUAGGAGGCUGAAGAGAUGGCUCAGUAGUUAAGAGCACUCACUACUCUUCUGAAGGUCCUGAGUUCAAUUCCCAGCACCCACAUGGCAGCUCACAACUGUCUUAUGCCCUCUUCUGGU